UGCUCGAGGCUGCGUUGUCAUAUCUGGCAUUAUCUGGGCUAGUGCAAUGGGAAUUCUCAUUUCCUUAAUUUCCAAUGCAAUAUUUAGAAACACAUCUAGAUCUAAUAUUUCAAGCAAACUUUUUUCUUAACAAUAUUUAGGUCUAAUCACCUCAAACAAAAUGAAGAAUUUACUCCAGUCCAGAAUAAAAUGUGUUCAUGAAGUUAAUGUAACAUUAUUUGCAAAAGAGUUGUGAAAGGACUUUUGCAAGUAGUUAUUCUGAAAAGCAAGUUUUCAUUUUUUGGGAUUUAUCAUCAUGGCUGAUGAGCCGAUGGCAUCAGGGUCAGGAGAGGUGGCUAUGACCUGGCUCCCAUCUCCCAUUGUUGACAUUGGAGCAAUGGGGAUGAAACAGUCAGAAUCUGAUGCUGAAGGGUCAGGCCUUGUGCUGUCUGAAGCUGUUGUAGAUUCUGUGCCCAUGUCAGGCGUUGACUGCACCCCGCCCCCCACAGCCAACAACAUGAGUUUUAUCAUUGUUGCUGAGGCAGCAGCAGAGGAAGCAACCACUGCUCUGUAUCAAGAUGUGGGCUCUGUGCAGUCCACGUGGGUCAGUGAUGACCUCUCACAGAGCGACAUGGAGGCAGAGGACUCUCAUACAGAUGCUGCAGAGGUGACAACGACAACUCCCCCAGGCCCAGCAAUCGACUGCAGUAUGCACACAAUACUAAAUCACCUGUCCGACCUGUCGGAUGACACAGUGACGUCCACCACGGAUGAGAGCAGUGGUCACCCGUUCCUCCAGCACAGCACAUCUGACUCCUCCUCAGGUUCUGCUAGUUGCCAGAGUUCAGGGGUCAGCUCCCAGGGCUUGUUUGCCUGCUCUAGCUUGUCUGAGAGAAACACCUCCCCCUCAGAUUUCCUGGAUAUGCCUUCCCAUUCUAAUGAUGACUGGGAUCCAUUGAAUCCGUACGGGCUAUUUAAUUUACCCGAGCCUAGGGGCUCGUCCAGUAACAGGAGACCUCAUAUUUGGACAGACGUAAUGAUGCAGAGAGACAGGGUUGGGUAUGACAUUUUUAACCUGAAUGGAGAGGAUUCUCAAAGUGAUGAGGAAACUCCUGUCCGAACUGCAACACCCCCACCCCCUCAGGUGGAGUUAUUCAUGCCCCAGCCAGUAGGAGGGAGCAGGUUCCAGUCGCCUCGUGCCAGACGUUGUGUUGCUGACUCGUGGAGAUACACCAGGUACCCCUCGUCUGGGGCAGCAACAUCUGCAUUUCUGGAUGAUUCAGGUUCAGGCUGUUCCAUGAGUCGUCCAUCUGGUCUUGGACUAUUACUUGACCAGACAGAGAGGUUGGACAAUGACCCAUUUCUUGGCAUGCCAGAACCAGCCAAUGAUGCUCUCAGAAGUGACAUGUCUGGAAGACUCAACAGUGACCAGCGCCCUGAGUCACCAACACUACAAACUUUUCAGGGAAGUUUGUCUGAAAUGAUGACCACUAGAGAUGCAAACAUGCCAUUCCAUCGACGCUCCCAUCAAAACCUGGGUGAGGAGAUGGUGGAGACGGUAUUUGUCCAGGAGGGGAUGACCUUCAGCUUACCUGUGCCAAAGAAUGGAAAAAAGUCCUCACAUUGUGGAUGUAAAGGAAAAGAACCCAAACAGGCAUGGGAUUUGUCUUCCAAAAGGUCUGCCAACACAAAUGGAGCUUCUACAUCAAGAGAUGGGGCAACUGCUGAGGUCAGGGACACCUUUCUUGGUGCUGAGGCUGGCUCAAACACAGCUGGUGGCCCGUCCAGCCAGCGACUAGGGGACUGCAGUCAUGCCAGAACUGUCUCAUCAGGUGGCGCCAGUAGUCCAUCAUCCCACAACCAGCAAGAUGGGCCAGCCAGGGACUCUAGGCAUCAAUUCCCUUCUUUCUUAGAGCCUGACCCACCCAUGGAUUCAAGUUCUUCCUCGUCUGAAUCUUCAGAUCGCAACUUUUUUUCUUCUCCUGAGAGUAACAGAUCAGUGAGGAGACAUGACUCAUCCAAUAUGGUGGACACACUUCUGGCUAAUCCGCCAUCCACCACCAGCUCUAGUUUGGUGGACACUCUUCUGGCUAAUCCACCAUCCACAACCAGUCCUAGUCUGAAUACUUCCCGGAACAGUUCCACCCCAAACCUUAUGGACUCUCUCUUCUCACCUGUGCGGCCUAGCCAGGGUGGCCAGACAGGUGCCAACAGCCAGCCUUGGAACCAUUGGCUGCAGGACAUCUGGCGGCAGGGCCUGGGGCAGAUUGUUGAAGGUGGUGGUGACGGCCCCAGUAGAACUGACCCAGCUGCCCCAUCUGCCCAGGGCACCACCAACGGAUCAGAUGACAGCGAUGUUGAAGUUGUCAUGGUGGAACCAAGAAAUAGUCAUGCAACAGUUGUUGUGGAUUUGACCACAGAAUCAGAUGAAGGUGUGGAUCUCACAGGGUCUGAUGAAGAGCACGCUGUCCCACCAACAACCCAGCCAAGCAACCCCACAAGUGAGGCAGCCCCCACACACAGCCAGCACACCCCACACUUGGAGCCCCAGGGUCCCUCAGUAACUACAUUUAGGCCGACGUCUUUCCUACAGAACCGCAGCCCUAGGAUCCCAGUUUCAUCAUGGAGAAAUGCUGAAGACACAGCCCACUUUUUCAUUGGGCCGUCUGCCCAUGCCCAGACCCCCAGAGAAGGCUCACGUCCACCCACCCAGCCCAGGGAAGCAGCCCAGGGUAGUUCAAGCGUGACUGGCCAGGAGCCCAGCGAGCAGCGUGCUGCCUCUAGUGUGUGUUGUCAGUGCCAGUGUCAGAGAUGUAUGCAAUCAACGCCCUUGAUGCAAAGACCCACACAAAACCCUUGGCAAGAUCAGCAGGGCAGAGACCAUGAACAUGGCCCUGACAACCCUUGGAGAGUUCGAGCCCACAAACACCACAUGUGUCAGGGAUGUUCCCACGCCUCGCCCUGCCCCCACGUCACGGACAGCCCCAGUGUAAUGAGCACCUUCAUGCCAUCACAAACCAACAUCCCACCACACUCUUGCACCAGCAGUCCAGCUAGCUCGUCAAACCCAUUUUCCAUGGGCAAUCCAGCGUCCAGCCAUGCCAGCACACCGUAUCACCAGGCAGCGCUGUCCCGCCAGCUCCACCAUCACCAUCACCACCACCAUCAUGUGUCUAGAAACCUACAGCCCAUCCAGCGCCCUCAGCCUGUUCCCCCACAAAGGUAUUAUAGGACCUCUCCACACAUACAUCACCACAUGCCCCACAGUGGGAUAUCUGUCAACAGAAGUGGCAACAUGGGAGGUCCUGCUGACAUGAACUGUGGGUCACAGUUCAGAGUGAUGAGACACCAGCCUCCCCAGGCCCACAUCCACCACCACAUCUACCAUCCUGCCAGGGAGAACUACGGCUUCCUCUUCAGCUGCCAGUCCCCAUCCCUGCUCCAGUUCCACGGUGCCAACCAUCCUGUCUCCCCCGCACCUGCAGCUGGCUGUCAUCACUCAGGCCUGCUGUGUGCUGCUACCUGCACCUCCUGCAGCCACCCUCCCCCUGGCCCCGGCCACCCUCCCCCUGGCCACCCUCCCCCCGGCCACCCUCCCCCUGGCCACCCUCCCCCCAGCACCAGCCAGGCUAACUCUGUCUCUAGGGUGGUGGCCAGAGAUCCACAAACAGCAAUGAGCAUGGAUACACUUACAUCACAAGCCAGCCAGCGCCCUCUGUCCCCCCCACAACCCAGCAUCAUGUCACAUUACCACCUGCCCAGGUUGAGGCCACCCCCUGCGGCUCACCAACACCUCCCUCCUGUCCCAGCCGUGUCACCCUCCAACCAGCCACCUCUAAGCACCCCUCAGUCAGCAGCGCUUGCCUUAUCUCAGCCCCCAGAGAGCAGCCAGCAUCUGCCACAGGCACACUCCAACAGCUCCUCAGUGCUGCACCCUCACCCCGGAAUGUUCUGUGACCAUGCUCAUCCCCACCCACAUGAGACGCAACGCAUGGUGAGUCAGUCGGGUCAAGUCCCCCAUAUGUUAACCCGCUUGAUACGUAAUAAUGAGUAUCCCUGGGCUGAGCUGAUGCCCUAUUCUCCUGGUGUGGCCUUACCGUUACCAUUUAAUCUGGAACGCCAGGUGAUGGAAUAUAUUAGUGAUUACAAUCAUCGUCCUGUUCUCCCACCCAGGAUGACCAUAGAGAGACGCCACCCACAACAUCCACACUUUGAUAUGAGUCACUGCAACAUGAUGGGCGCCACACAGGAAGUCAUUGAGCGCAAUACUCUACCACACAAAUAUAAGAAGGUGGAGACAUGCGCAGGGGGAGACAACCCUGACAGCAACAACCACCAGGAGAAGUGCACCAUCUGUCUCAGUGAGUUUGAGACAGGUGAGGAUGUCAGACGUCUUCCCUGCAUGCACCUGUUCCACAGUGAAUGUGUGGACCAAUGGCUGUCCACCAACAAAAACUGCCCUAUAUGCCGGGUGGAUAUAGAAGCCGGUGCGUUUAAGGGAAUUCUUGCCUUAGGUGGAGCUAGUAGCCAGGGACAAUGACAUCAGGACAAUAGUUGUAAAUAAGAUUUCAAAUCCAUUCAUAUAUUCAAGUCAUUUGUAAAUAUGACAUCUUAAAGUAUGUACAGCAUUGGUCAGAUUUUUACUGGGAGUUGGUCAAAUAGUUUUACAAUGUUUUGUACACAUUUGCCUGUUUGCUUCUUGUCCAUGUUUGAAGUUGAGUUGACCUUCAUAGUUGAACUACACCUAGGUGAUGUAGUGAACUACACCCAGGUGAUGUAGUGAACUACACCCAGGUGAUGUAGUGAACUACACCCAGGUGAUGUAGUGAACUACACCCAGGUGAUGUAGUGAACUACACCCAGGUGAUGUAGUGAACUACACCCAGGUGAUGUAGUGAACUACACCCAGGUGAUGUAGUGUAGUGAACUACACCCAGGUGAUGUAGUGAACUACACCCAGGUGAUGUAGUGUAGUGAACUACACCCAGGUGAUGUAGUGUAGUGAACUACACCCAGGUGAUGUAGUGUAGUG